UCUCCCGGCGCUAAGAUGGCGGCUAAGGCCUCGCACUCGCACGUGAAGCUGGAGGCGGAGAUCGAGCGGUGCCGGGCGGAGGGGCACUGGGGGCGGCUCCGCGACCUCGCACAGCAGCUGCUGCCGCCGCGGCCCCCGCGCAAGGCGAAGGCGGCGAGGGGCGCGCAGGACGCGGAGGACCAUGGGAGUUUGCUGCUUGCAGAGGCUCUGCUGGAGGAAUGUUUGAAAGAAAAUUUUGCCAAACUGAAGGACUCCAUUCCACUGUCAGAGAAGAGUGAGCCCAAACUGAGUGAAGCUAAACAGUAUCUGACCAAUAUCUUAAGCAGAGGGAAACUAAGACCGAAGUACAUGACAGAAGCUAUGCUGAUCCUAGGAAAGCUGCAUUAUGUGGAGGGAUGCUACAGAGAUGCCAUCAGCAUGUAUGCAAAAGCAGGAAUUGAUGACCUUUCAACCAAAGAGGAACCUCUGUACAUGCUGCGUUUGAUAACUGAAGCCUUUGUUAUUAAAGGUUUGUCACUGGAGCGCUCAACCAACUCAAUUGCCUCACGUGCUCGACUGUGUGAAAGGGAGGAGGAAGUCAUGGCUUGUUUUGAGAGAGCCUGUGUUAUUGCCCAGGUGUACUUGCAGGAACUUGAGAAGACCUUAAACAACACACAUUCAAGGAGUAUCAAGGGCAGCAGUGUGACUUACUCUGAGUUUGAACUUUCCUACUUUGUGGAAGCAGCUCUACAGAGUGCCUAUGUGACUCAGUUAAAAAAAGGAAAUAUUGUGAAAGGAAUGAGGAGUCUGCGAGAAAUACUACGGACUGUAGAAACAAAAGCUACUCAGACCUUCAAAAUGACUGCAGCCAAACAGUUAGCUCAAGUACUUCUGCAUUCCCUCAGUGAAGACUGUUACUGGAGCCCUUUAUCUGAUCCACUUCCUGAGUUCAUGAACAAGGAAUAUCAGUCUUAUGUUAGCAAUCUUCUUUGUCGGAGGCCUGAGCUGUACUCAGAAGAGAAUGUGUACUGCCCUCAAGACAAUGUAGAAGAGGCUCUUCUCCUCCUCCUAAUCAGUGAAUCCAUGGCGAACCGGGACGCAGUGAUCAGCCGCGCCCCAGAGCAGCAGGAUGACCGAGCCGUCAGCCUCCGGGACGCCUCUGCAGUCUACGACCUCCUCAGCAUCACGCUGGGCAGAAGAGGGCAGUAUGUGAUGCUGUCUGAGUGCUUGGAGAGAGCCAUGAAGUUUGCAUUUGAUGAAUUUCACCUCUGGUACCAGCUUGCCCUGUCCAUGGUAGCUUGUGGAAAGUCGGCGUAUGCCGUGUCGGUGCUCAAAGAGUGUGCUAAACUGCGACCUACAGAUCCCACCGUUCCUCUGCUGGCUGCCAAGGUCUGCAUUGGGUCACUGCACUGGCUGGAAGAAGGAGAACACUUUGCUAAAAUGGUGAUAGACCUGGGUGAGGAUGCUGGAGAGUCCCUGGCAAAGGGUUACCUGGCACUGGGCCUGACAUACAGUCUUCAGGCUACUGAUGCUACUCUAAAGAGCACUCAGGAUGAAUUAAACAAGAAAGCACUUCAGUCUUUGGAGAGAGCACGUGACCUGGCCCCCGAAGAUCAUCAGAUCAUCCUCUACCUGUCACUGCAGCUGGCUCUUGUCAGACAGAUUUCAGAUGCUAUAGACCAUCUUCAAGAAGCCCUGCAACUGUGCAAAGAUGACAUGAAUUCACUUCAUCUACUGGCCCUCCUCUUUUCAGCUCAGAAGCACUAUCAGCAUGCACUGGAUGUUAUCAACAUGGCUGUUGUUGAAUACCCAGAAAGCUUUAGCUUACUCUUCACCAAAGUAAAACUGGAAUGGAUACAUAAAGGACCUGAAGAGGCUCUGGUGACAUGCAGACAUAUGUUGCAGAUGUGGCAGAUGGUAUACAGUGUUUUACAGCACAGUGGCUCUGAGAAAGGAAGUAGUGUGACUGAAACACCAGUAAUCAAAAAGCAUAAUGGACUGCAUCUCACUCUGCCAGAUGCUCAUGACACUGAUUCUGGAUCACAACGAGCCUCUUCCCUUGCUGCAUCAAGACUGGAACAGGCCAUGUCUGAAAUAACUAUGCAGAGCAGUACAAUGAAGCAGGGACCUGUGAAGCUCUGGACAACUCUUGAACAAAUUUGGCUACAAGCUGCUGAACUCUUCCUGGAACAGCAGCAUCUCAAAGAAGCAGGCUUUUGUACCCAGGAGGCAGCUAGUCUUUUCCCCACAUCUCAUGCUGUACUGUACAUGCGUGGGAGGCUUGCAGAGAUGAAAGGCAAUUUGGAGGAGGCUAAGCAAUUGUAUGAUGAAGCGCUCACCGUGAAUCCAGCUGGAGUGGAAAUUAUGCACAGCCUGGGCCUGGUGCUGAGCAGACUUGGGCGGAGGGAGCUGGCCCAGAAGGUCCUCAGAGACGCCAUCCGGAUCCAGACCACCAGCCACACUGCCUGGAACAGCCUUGGAGAGGUCUUGCAGGCUCAGGGGAAAAACGAAGCAGCCAUCGAAUGUUUCCUCACUGCCCUGGACCUUGAAUCCAGCAGUCCUGUCAUUCCAUUCACUGUCAUACCCAGGGAGCUCUGAAGCUGCUCCCCGCAGCUCUGAGCACUUGCAUUGCCUGGACAGACACCAAAACCAAGCAGAUAAACAAAGAAGCCCAACAAAAAGUGCCAUUGUAACCUGGAACUGGGCUAAGUAAUUCCAGGAUGGGGCUCAGGUCUACAGGCUUAGCUUAGACAAGCCAAACUGAAGAAGAAAUUGCAGCAGGCAAGAACAGAGAAUGCCUUUUUCUUCACAGGUGCCUGGCUAACCUCCUGUUCAAGUUAAUAGCAAGGCUUAUUUCAAAGUGCUGCUUCAAGGUGACUGUAGAAAGAUCAUGCUAGGGUACAGUUGUUCAAAGCACUUGCACCUUUCAGUGUUGGUUGAAAAUAAAACCCCCAAGCCCUGAAUUAAAGCCCAGAAAUGUUCUAAAUAGGAGCAAAUUCACCAACUAAUUUGAGCAAGUUGUGUUUAGGUAUGUGGCUGUCUCCCCACAGAUCUGACAGGACAAGAAUGACACUUGCACCAAAUAGACAUACAAUAUAUGCUGUUUACAAAAUUA